CACCUCGGGCUGAAGUCACGUGCUCCACCGCCUAGUGUCUCUCGGCGUUUCUACACCAUCACAAAUCAAACUCUCAGUCAGCGCCGGGCGGAGAGGGAAGCCGAGAUGAGCGGCGGAGAGGCGUGUGCUGCACAGACAGAGAGCCCCCAAGACGCCAGCGGGCUAUUCACUGUGAACAUCUAACAGAUUACAUCCGCUGCAGCUGGCCUUUCUUUUUCUUCUUUUUCUUUUUUCUUUUUCUUUUUUUUUUUUUUUUUUUUUUUUUUGGUACUGAUUCCUGAACUCAUCGGAACAGGACAGGAGAUGAGAUUCACACAGACCCGGAGAUCUCCGCCUGGUUCCAAGCAGUCCGCCAGCGUUCAGCGGUGCGUUGAGGGGGUCCGGGGCACAGAGCGCGCAGCCCAGAGCCGCUCCACCUCAACUGUGGACUGAAGACAGUUGCCUUUCUCUUCCUAAAGCGCACUUUUGUUCUGCUGGAUUCUGGACUAAGGUGGGGGGGAUACCAUGAGGGCUCUCUCAGCAAACUUGUUCGCUGUGCUCCUACUGUGUGCCCUUGCAAGUGUUUUCUACGUGUGGAGCGCGCUGGAGAAUCGCUUGGAGCGACACAAACGGGGCUUCUCCGUGCCGGACGGGGGGUCCUUUCAUCAAGGUCCUUCAGAAGACCUUUCUGCCAAAACUUUCCGAGCGCUCCUUGCUGUUCCAGUUGCACAAAGACAGAACUCGGCGGGCAGAUCGAAGGCUCAAAACCUCACCACCCCAUUUGGCUUCGUGGGAAGUCGAGAUUAUCAUGUGAAUGGGGAUGACGAGAGGUCAGCGCAACGGGAGGGUCCGGUCAAUUUAGGCUACCCAGUGGAUGAUGGGAUAUUCUGGAGCAACUGGCUGGAAGACCUCCUCCCCGUGAGAUUCACGGAGGGAUACGCCGAGGCUUGGAGGAGCAAGGCAAGGACAUCAGCGGUGGUGAAGCUGGAGCCUGGAUGCGGCAGGAUAUCCAAUCAGCUGGCCACGUUUGCAGACGGGACGAAGGCGUGUGUGCGCUACGGAAUCAACGCGGACCAGGUGCAGGGGGAAACUCUGACAUACUACCUGGCCAGCCUGCUGGGCAUCACAAAUCUGCCUCCACUCGUACUGUCACAGCUUAACGGCGACAGUGCGCAAUGGCUGACCGUGAGGACGCGGGUAAAUAAUUUGCAGUGGAACGAUCGGGCUAUUGUGUCUCUCACAGAGUGGAUUUCCAACCUGACCGGAGUGAUCACACCUGCGCCCCUCAGACAGGAGAGCAGCGGGCUGCUUCCUGCUCUCAGGUGCUUCGAGAACAAAACUACGGCAGAGCUGCUGGAGCUGAUGCAGUGGAGCGACCUGGUCGUGUUCGACUACCUGACUGCGAACUUCGACAGGCUUGUCAGCAAUCUGUUCAGCCUGCAGUGGGACCCCCACGUGAUGGAGAGGGACACCAACAACCUGCUGAAAACGCCCCACGGGGACCUGGUGUUCAUAGACAACGAGGCCGGACUCGUGCACGGCUUUCGGGUGUUGAACAUGUGGGAGAAAUAUCACCAUUCAGUCCUGAGCUCCGUGUGCGUGUUCAGGAAAAGGACUAUGCAGCGCGUGGCGGAGCUGCACAGGCGCAGAGACUCCAGGCAGAGGCUGCUCGAUCUCUACAGAGACAGCGAGCCUUUGUCUCAGGAACUGGGAUUUCUCUCUGACGAGCACGCUGCUGUGCUCCAAGACAGGAUAGAUCAAUUGCACAAACACAUCAUGCAAUGCAAAGAAAAGUACGAUCAGCCGUGAGCACCAAGGGCGCACAGGUGAUAGAUUGGCAUGGCAAGUCAUUAAUGACAAACAGUGGUGCUCAGGACGCAAUACAAUGUGAAAACCCUACCAGAAAACCGUAUUUGAAAACUCUUCUUUUCUCUGAAGAGUUUUUUUUUUUCUUUUCAAGAAAUUGAAAACGAAAUUAAGCUACAUUGUUCGGCUUGUGUAAUAUGUUCAUGGUAAUAGUAAAAGUUUACAAAGGCCAGCUGAUGUCAAGAAAGUUGGUAUCAAUUGUGGUACGUUUGUCCUAUUAUAAUUUUCAAAUGUGUUGCUGUUGUUUUAAAGAAAAAUAACUUUUAUUAAUAUCUAUAUAAUAAAAGUUGAAGCAGUUAAUUGAAGCAACUGCUUUAAUGAAGGCGUAAGUGGUGGAAAAAUUGCCAUUCAAUGGCAUGCUGGAUGUUUUUAGUCCUCAUGAACAGUUUUUUUACUGCACAACUGUGUGACAUAAAAAGAAAAGGUUUAUUGACCAGAUAGAUCGCUUUGUUUUCAUCGGUUGUUAACACAACUUCAUUUCACAGUUUUUCAAAAUGGCAUUCAAUGACUGGAUAAAACAUGUAAAAUAUGGGAUUCUGGUGGGGAUCUUACAGUGUCCUGAUUUUGAAUGGUGAAUUUUAUUUUAUUUUAUUUAUUUUUAUUUUUUUAACCAAAUAGUACACCAAUGUUUGACACUAAUGGAAUGCCAUAGACGAUUUGCACGGUAUGAUGAGCUUUGCAAAACCAAUGCCUGUUACACAAAGCUGAUUUGAAUAUCCAACUGAACUACCUCUUGUGAAUAGAAUGUGUUGCCUACUUUAAAUAUAAGUCGAGUUUGAAAAAUGUUCAGAAGCUUCCCGCUGAGAUUUAUGCCUCUCUGAAGUGGAGAUAAUGUGGCCAAUUUGAGUUAUUUAUUUUUCUUAAUUUGCUGAACAUUUGCUGACUGGAAUAUGAACAAAUGUAAAGAUGAUCUGCUGUAGACCUGUUUGUGAUUAGGUUACCAUAAUAAAGUCCUUAAAGAGAUAGCUCAGAAUUUUUACAGUGAGGUUAAAAACUUAUCAGCAGUUAAUAUCUCUGAUGUAUCAGAUAACUUUCAUAGUGUCUUCACUUUGCAAAAAUAAGAAGUGAUUUUCUCUGGAUCCUGAAGCUAAUGGCUACUCAGAGAGGGAUCAAGAUCGAAGUGGGCUCCCACCCUUUUAAAAUCAGAGUCCAGUCUCGAAAGUGUCACAGUAGUUUAUGAAAAUUAUUUUUUAUAAACAUUUAAGCUGUCAUCAUGUCUGUAUGGGGAAGUUAUUAAGAUGAAAGCUGUUGAUUUCUUUCAGUGUAAGAAAUAAGGAAAUCAUGGAGUGUCCUGUCUCCAGGAGAUUGUGCACUUCAGAACAUCUUCCAUGUGAAAUGCAUGCUAAGAACACAACAUGUUACUCCUUUUCUGGUUAUUUUAGUAUUUUAAUCAUUUUAAGAUGUUAGAAGCCCACUUCUGCUUGACUCCUCUUGACUUUUUUAUAUGACACUAUAAGAGUUUUCUAUUUUACUAACGAUGUUAACUACUCAUAAGCUUUUUGCAGAAUAUCACUUUUAAGAAUCAGAACUUAAAAGUUCUGAUUCAUACCCUUAUGUUGUGUUUGAAUAUUUGCCUUGUGUUUAAAUAUCCAAGUGACAUAUGCCUACUCCAAAGCCUUAACCUAUGUUGAUUCUUCUUCAGUAUUGUAUUUCUGUUCACAUUAGCUCGCUUUUUAUAGACAGUAAUUUGCACACAUUGUAAUAGAUAGCACCUGCACUCGUGUCAAUGUGUUAAUAUUCAGCCUUAAAAGUCACAGGUGUGUCAUAUCUAUUGUGCAUUUGUUGCUUCUGUUGUAAAUAUUGUCUGACAACAAGUUUUGAUGCUAAACUGACUUAAUGUGCAUUGUGACAUUCCAAAAUUGUGUCCUUUUUUGAACAAAGAAAUACACAAAAUGUAUUUUACAACAUGUGUUUUGUACACAGAAUAUACCCAAAAGCAUUAAAAUCACUGUGGUGUAGUAUAUGUAGAGUCUGGGAGUGGGGAGUUAGUGUGAAAGUCUAUUUAGUCUUUGUAUUUUGCAGGUACAAUUUUUCACAAAAGCUUGACUGUUGGCCACAUGCUUGUAACAACACAAAUCUCUUUAAUCCCCCUUUUAUAAUCUCUACUAGAAUGAUGAGCUAAAGUAUACUGACUCUUUGGGACAUAUUUGAAAAAGGGUUUUAGUGUUCCCUAACUAUAACUUCCCUUUAUUUUUUUAAAUUGUUAUGCUUUGGUCAAAGAUUAGAAAUGGUUACUGAUCCAGAUCAAUAAUAGUUUGUGUUUUAGGUUCAAUCUAUUGACCUAAAAGGGAAGCACGCUCAGAGAGGAUUGGAUUGAACACUUCACAAUUAAUGAGAGCAGUGUUUGUAUUUUUUAGCAGCAUGAUUUUGGAAUUUUAAAUUUAUUUCCUGAGUGAAUAACGUCACUACUUCACUUUCCAUCAUUUUGUAGGCCCUGUUCUGUGCCUAAUUUCUGUUUGUCAAGCACAUCCAAAGAAUUUUGAAGGCUUAAUCGUCCACUAUUGUGCUGUCAUACCGAUAAUUAUUCCGAUGUUGCUUCCCUUACUAGAUUAAAUGGUGCAGCACUAACUGUUUCUGCAAUAUCAAAUUUCUUCAUCUCUUUCAAAUUGUGGGUAUUUUUGGAACUUGCAUCCUUUGUGUCAAUGAUUUGUGGUUAUUUCACAACAGAAAUGUAGGCAGGUGCAACUGGACUAGUUUUUUUUCCUCUAUUAGUUUCCAGACUGUGCCUCAGCUGGGAAAGGGACUUAAGGAUCAAUAUGUGCACUGACUGUAGUAUGGGCGAAAGCAGGUCAUGUUAAUGAGCUGGGUGAGGGGUUACAUGUGAAAAUUUGUGUCUCGGUGGGGAUUUUGCAAUGACUGCACUUGCAGCUGGGUUUGGUGCUGUAAGGAUGUCUGUUCAUGCUCUACAGAGAUUUUGCAGCUAGCUGCACAUACUAGGGAUUAAAAACAAUGCCAAACAGAGGUCUUCACAUCUGAAGCGCACUUCCUAUCCUCCUUCUGUGUUGUAUUCUCUCUCUCGGUAUUUCAUCCACAUCACAACCAUUUCUCCAGUGCAUUUGCAUUCUUUUAAAACAUUAUUGUCAGCUUCAUUUGUGAAUAAAAGAGAGAAUGAAAGUUUAA